UAGGCAGCGGCCAACGACCCUGUUGCGCGCGCGGGGCCUCUGCCCGUCCCGUCUCCCCCUCGCCCCUGUUCUGUUUUUUAACCAGGGGUGCGAGGUUUUGCCACUACUGAGUGCUGUUCACACGCGCUCCUACUGAAAAGCUCACUUACUUGUUGUUAGCCGCUCUUCACCCAGACAUGUCAGCAGAAACACGACAAAAACAAUGAAAUGCGAGCAGUUAAAAAUAUAGUCGUUCCAGCGUCCAACAAAGGCGACUACAGAGAGUUGAGCCAGUAGAGUAGACUGUCUUCCGCGGCUGGAGAGGCCUCCCUCGAGGUGCUGGGCAGGAAGUUGGAAGAUCAUGCAUUAUACUGGAAUUUAAAGGAAGGAAGAUAAUGCUCGAUUGUGGAAUCCACCCUGGCCUAGAAGGAAUGGAUGCACUUCCAUACAUUGAUCUGAUAGAUCCAGCUGAGAUUGAUCUUCUCUUGAUUAGUCACUUCCAUUUGGAUCAUUGUGGGGCAUUACCAUGGUUUCUGCAAAAGACAAGUUUUAAAGGAAGAACCUUCAUGACUCAUGCUACAAAAGCAAUUUAUAGAUGGCUUCUUUCUGAUUAUGUCAAAGUUAGCAAUAUUUCAGCCGAUGAUAUGUUGUACACAGAGACUGAUCUGGAAGAAAGCAUGGACAAAAUUGAAACCAUCAACUUCCAUGAAGUGAAAGAGGUGGCAGGAAUUAAGUUCUGGUGUUACCAUGCAGGCCAUGUUCUGGGAGCAGCCAUGUUUAUGAUUGAAAUAGCUGGAGUGAAGCUUUUAUAUACAGGUGAUUUUUCAAGACAAGAAGACAGACACUUGAUGGCAGCUGAGAUUCCUAAUAUUAAACCUGAUAUUCUUAUCAUUGAAUCCACCUACGGUACACAUAUCCAUGAAAAACGGGAAGAGCGAGAGGCAAGAUUCUGUAACACUGUACAUGAUAUUGUAAACAGGGGAGGUAGAGGUCUUAUUCCUGUGUUUGCCUUGGGAAGAGCUCAAGAAUUGCUUUUGAUUUUAGAUGAAUACUGGCAGAAUCACCCUGAGCUACAUGAUAUCCCUAUAUACUAUGCUUCCUCUCUGGCAAAGAAGUGUAUGGCAGUUUAUCAGACUUAUGUCAAUGCCAUGAAUGAUAAAAUCCGCAAGCAGAUUAACAUCAAUAACCCAUUUGUAUUCAAACACAUCAGUAAUUUGAAGAGCAUGGAUCAUUUUGAUGACAUAGGUCCCAGUGUUGUAAUGGCUUCCCCUGGUAUGAUGCAGAGUGGUUUAUCCAGAGAGUUAUUUGAAAGCUGGUGUACUGACAAAAGAAACGGGGUCAUCAUAGCAGGAUAUUGUGUUGAAGGAACACUUGCCAAGCAUAUCAUGUCGGAACCUGAAGAAAUUACAACCAUGUCAGGACAGAAACUCCCACUUAAGAUGUCUGUGGAUUACAUUUCUUUCUCUGCUCACACAGAUUACCAACAGACCAGCGAGUUCAUACGGGCCCUCAAACCCCCCCAUGUGAUAUUGGUACACGGUGAGCAGAAUGAAAUGGCCAGACUGAAAGCUGCUCUAAUACGAGAAUAUGAGGAUAAUGAUGAAGUUCACAUAGAGGUCCACAAUCCUAGGAAUACAGAAGCUGUAACACUAAACUUCAGAGGAGAAAAACUUGCCAAGGUUAUGGGUUCUCUAGCAGAUAAGAAACCAGAACAAGAACAGAGGGUUUCUGGAAUUCUGGUUAAAAGAAACUUUAACUACCACAUACUUGCCCCAUGUGACCUCUCCAAUUACACUGAUCUGGCCAUGAGCACUGUGACACAGAUGCAAGCUGUUCCAUACACAGGCUCUUUCAGUCUGCUUUAUUACCAGCUCCAAAAACUAACAGGUGAUGUAAAAGAAAUAGAAGUCCAGGACAAGCCAGCCCUGAAGGUUUUUAAAACCAUUACUGUGGUCCAAGAACCAGGCAUGGUGGUGCUUGAGUGGGUAGCAAAUCCUGCUAAUGAUAUGUAUGCAGACACUGUAACAACAGUGAUACUGGAAGUUCAGUCAAAUCCCAAAAUUCAUAAAGCUGCAGUACAUAAAAUUCCUAAAAAGGUAGACAUGGAUGCAUAUCAUAAGAAGAUGGAAAUCAUGCUUCAGGACAUAUUUGGAGAAGACUGUGUAAGUGCAAAGGAAGAUAAUGUUCUAAGUGUCACAGUGGAUGGAAAAACAGCAAAUCUUUCAUUGGAUACUCGGACGGUUGACCAUGAACCUGGAUGUGAAGAUGAUGAUGAAACUCUUCGGGAAAUGGUGGAGUUGGCUGCGCAGCGACUCUAUGAUGCCCUCACCCCUGUACACUAAACUGAUUGAUUUUGUCUAUAUUGGGGACUAUAGAAUAAUUUUUACUAUUCUGUUUAUUCUCACCAUUUUUAAAAAAAAUAAAUUUUGUUCCGGAACAAAUUAUAUUUACUUAUUUCUUAAUCAUAAGACUGCUUUGUCUCAAUGUGGGCAAAUUAUAAUUGCAGCUUCCUGUAUGUAUAACAGGCAAAUCAUGUAUAAAGAGUAGGCAGAUAUAUGCUCUUAUAUAAUCUGAAACAAUAUUUUAGGGAAUGCUGAUGCUACAAUGAAAUUGGAUGGUGGCUGCAUAUUUUAAUUGCAUUUUAAAAUAUUUGUGUUGAUAAUGGACUGAAUACAAACUCAUGAAGUUGCCAGAGAAAUGUCAGCAUGCACAGGGGGCUUUGGAAGCUCUGCUUUUGGUGUCCAGGUAUCCACUGCACUGGACAGUGCUCAUUCUGAAACACAGGGGACUUUGAAGAAUCAGGUUUUGAUGCAGCAGUAGGACCCAACUUGGAGGGGGGAAAUGGAGAAGUCCUAGAGCACAUGUGAGGAUAAUUGCAUGCAGAGACAGACAGGAGCACAUGCACACAGCUCUUUAGAUUCAAAUGGUAUUUUAUGGCCUCAUUUGGUUAACUUAGCAGUCUUUUACAGAAGAGCAGUGGUUAUAGACCCAAAUGUAGCAGCAGAAUGUAAUGUGAUCUUGUAUCCCCCUGAUUCCAAUAGACUUCAGAACUGCAGCCUCUCAGUCUGACCAAAUCUAUUCAAUGGAAGUAAAUCUACCGAAAUGAAUUUGUAUUAACAAUGUUUGGAAACUGGUCCUAGUUUCCUUUUUAUACUCCUUGUUCAAAACACAAACAUGUCAUUCAUAACAAGGGGCCAAAAACUGGGUAGUCAUGCUAGUUCUGGAUUCUGGAAGAGUUAGUUCUCUUAUGGUAGAGAAAAUAACAAAGAAGAGGUCUGUGUCAAGUUAAAAGAUGUAACUACACAGAACCUUGGGAAGAGUCGUAUGUAUGUUGGUAACACUUUGUUUUCUUCUAUGCAUGCUGAUGAUGGCCUGGUCUAUCCCUGUCUAGAUUGUUUUUCCUGUUAAACUGGAAAGAGGACGUACACACGUGGACAAAUGUGUUGGUACCCCUCCACAAAAAAAGAACCCACAAUUGUCUCUGAAAUAACUUGAAACCAACAAAAGUAAUUGUCACCAAUUAUUGUUUAUUCCACAUUUAACAAAAAUCAGACUGCUUUAGAGUUUUGAUGCAACAGAAUAUUUCAAAUAACACAAAUGAAAAUGGCAUGGACAAAAAGGAUGGGACCCUUAACCUAAUAUUUUGUUGCACAACCUUUAGAGGCAAUCACUGCAAACAAGUGAUUCCUGUAGUUCUCAAUGAGAUUUCUGCACCUGUCGUUUGGCCCACUCUUUCUGAGCAAACUGCUCCAGCUGUGUCAGGUUUGAAGGGUGCCUUCUCCAGACUGCAUGUUUCAGUUCUUUCCAUAGAUGUUCGAUAGGAUUCAAAUCAGGGCUCAUAGAAGGCCACUUCAGAAUAGUCCAAUCUUUUGUUUGUUUUUUAAUAUUUAUAUCCUGCUCUUCAAGGAGCCCAGAGCGAUGUACUACAUACUUAGGUUUCUCCUCACAACAACUCCGUGAAGUAGGUUAAGUUGAGAGAGAAGUGACUGGCCUAGAGUCACCCAGCAAGUAUCAUGGCUGAAUGGGGAUUUGAACUUGGGUCUCGCUGGUCCUAGUACAGCACUCUAACCACUACACCACACUGGCUGUCUUGUUCUUAGCCAGUCUUGAGUGCUUUAAGCUGUGUGUUUUGGGUCAUUAUCCUGUUGGAGGAUCCACAACCUGCGACAGCUUUCUGACACUGGGCAGUAUGUUUCGCUCCAGAAUGUCUGGAUAGUCUUGAGAUCUCAUUGUUCCCUGCACAGACUCAAGGUGCCCCAUGCCAGACGCAGCAAAGCAGCCCCAAAACAUAACCGAGCCUCCUCCAUGUUUCACAGUAGGUAUGGUGUUUUUUUCUUUGAAAGCUUCAUUUUUUAAUCUGUGGACAUAGAGCUGAUGUGACUUGCCAAAAAGCUCCAGUUUCAUCUCAUCUGUCCAAAGGACAUUCUCCCAGAAGCAUUGUGGCUUGUCAAUAUGCAUUUUAGCAAAUUCCAGUCUGGCUCUUUUAUGUUUUUCUUUCAACAGUGGAGUUCUCCUGGGUCUUCUUCCAUUGAGCCCACUGUCACUCAAAAAGUGACGGAUGGUGCAGUCAGAUACUGAUGGACCUUGACCUUGGAGUUCAGCUUGUAUCUCUUUGGAAGUUGUCCUUGGCUUUUUGUCUACCAUUCUCACUAUCCUUCUGCCCAUUCUGAGGUCAGUUUUCUCCUGCAGCCACAUCCAGGGAGGUUGGCUACAGUCCCAUGGAUCUUGAACUUCUUAAUCAUAUUUGCAACUGUUGUCACAGGAGCAUCAAACUGCUUGGAGAUGGUCUUAUGGCCUUUGCCUUUAACAUGCUUAUCUAGCAUUUCCUUUCUGAUCUCCUCAGACAACUCUCUCCUUUGCUUUCUCUGGUCCAUGUUCAUUGUGGGACACAGGAUGAUACCAAACAGCAGAGUGACUACUUUUCUCCAUUUAAAUAGGCUGAAUGGCUGAUUGCACAAUUGGAGACGUGUGAUACUAAUGAAAGAAAACAGUUAAUUUGAAAAAUCACUCUAAUCCAAUUAUUUAUGAUCUUUUCUAGGGGUACCAACAAAUGUGUCCAGGCCACUUUAGAAUAUCUUUGUAGAAUAAGCAAUAUUUUCUCUUUUCACACUUGCUUUGCUUUACUCGAUGACUUAUCAAAGGCAUGCAGGUAUACAUGGAACAAUUGCUUUUCAUUUAAUCAUUUUUCAGGAGGCAUAAAACACUUUUUGAAUGAGCUGUAAGGGUACCAACAAAUUUGUCCAUGUGUGUACUUCAAAAUGUGUUAAAUGUGAGCAUUGUGUAGCUACUUACUCAGGGAUUGCAGGACUCUUAAAAAUCUCAUUCCUAAGAGGUAUACUCAGCUGUUGCAAAGGGACAGCCUCCCCCCGUCCCACCCCCAUCCCGGUAACAGCAGUAGUGGUGAAAUCUCAACUUCCUGCUGAUUGGAAAAUGUACUCCAGUACUGUUGCAAGUACUUCAAUAUGUUCCUAGGUGCUAUGCAUUUCUGCAGUUGUCAUGGGUACCAGGUUUAGAUAUAGUAAAUAAGUGAAAGAACCAUUGUCUUGUGUCUAGCAUUACCAGGUUAAUGAGACAGGAUGCCUGUGGCUUAGGAAGUUGUGUGCAACAGGUAAGACGUUUGGAAGAUACAGUUGUUUUUAUCAUGUUGCUAUUUUUGAGAAUUAUUACUUAUUAAAAUCUUCUAUUCCCCUUUUAAACAAAGCCAAACUGUACUGCUUCUUUCCAUCUAAUCUGCAUCUUCAAAUGUGAGACAUGCACAAGCUGAACUCUAACUCUUAAUAAGCUCCAUUGAACAUAGUGAGAGUUCUUUCCAAAGUAUAGAAUUCCAGAGUUAUGGAAUCUCUGCUCCAUAGAGCAUCAUAAUCAUCUUGUCAUGCUCUGAGACAACCUGCUGUAUUUAUUUGUUUGUUUGUUAUAUUUAUCUACUGCCCCAAACCUAUGUCUCUGGGUGGUCUACUCAACAUAAAACAGUUUAAAACCGCAACUGCAGUUAAAAUGCUUGUGUGAAUAAAUGUGUCUUUAAAAACAUUUUUAAAGCUGUCAGAGAUGAGGAGGCUUUUUUCCAGCAGGGAACACAUUCCAAAGUCCUGGGACAGUAAUGAAGGCCUGUCCCUGAGUAGCCACUGGAUGAGCUGAUGGCAACUGUAGAUGGACCUCACUGGAUGAUCUCAAUGGGCGACGGGGCUCAUAGUGAAGAAGAUGUUAUCUUAAAUACUCUGGGCCUAAGUCGUUUAGGGCUUUAUGGGUUAUAACCGGCACCUUGUAUUUUGCCUGGAAACAUAUUGGUAGCCAGUGUAGUUCUUUAAAUAUAGGAGUAAAGUAGUCUCUUCAAGAGGACUCUAGAGCAGGGAUUCUCAACAUUGGGUCCUCAGAUGUUGCUGGACUUCAACUCCCAUAAUCUCAAACCAAAGACCAAUGGGGCUGGGGAUUAUGGGAGUUGAAGUCCAAUAACAUCUGGGGACCCAACGUUGAGAAUCCCUGCUCUAGAGACCAACCUGGCGGCUACAUUUUGUACCAGUUGCAACUUGCAGUUUCUGGACUAUGUACAAGGGCAAUCCCACACAGAGCACAUUGCAGUAGCCACGUCUGGAGGUUACCAGCAUAUGUAUUACUAUUUUGAAGUUGUUUAGAAAUGGACACAUAUCAGCCACCUACAUAGUCGCCCACAUUACUGCUGCUUAUAUGCCAUAGCUCCUUUCCCCUACUUGUCACCAUCCAGUGGUCCAUACAGAUGGCAAAUUGUCUCUGAAUCUAUAAGGAGACAGCUACUCUAGAGAAAUGACUUGGGUAGAGCUACCUACCAGAGGAACAUGGGCAUUAAGCAGUUUUUGUUUUAUGUUUUAAGCAUGUUGUGAGCCGCCUCAUAUCUUCAGCAAGUAAGGUUUAAAUUGUAGGGGUUUUUUCUUUUUCUUUUUAAAAGUAGUCCUCCCCCUGCCCACCGCAACCCUGCUCCCGUGUCAUGUUGUGUGACAUUUGAGCCUUUCUUAGUACUCCUUUUGUAAGAAAAAAAUCCCCGCUUAAUGUGUGUCAGGCUGCUAUUAAAAGUACAGAAGCAGUGCCAAUAAUGCACGUAGUGGGAUCCAACAGGACUUUUCUGAUGCAUUUGCUUGCUUGUUUUUUUUGGUUGGGAGCUUGAUAAAUAAAAUAGAGAGCCUAAUGGCCUGCACCUUUAGACUUGGACACUUCUCAAAUUCACAGCUCACUGCCAUAGUGAAGAGUCUUUAGGCGCAGUUCCCCUGCUUGUGGGAUGCCAGAGAAGUAUCCUUGGGGCUAGCCUGAUCUUGAUCUUUGACCUUUGCAAAGCUGGGAGGAGAGCUGGUCUACCAGUAGCAAGCAUGAAUUGCCCCUUUUGCAAUUCAUGCAAAGCAGGGUCUGUCCUGGUUUGCAUUUGAAUGGGAGACUACAUGUUAGCACACUAAGAUAUUCCCCUGAGGGGAUCAGGCCUCUCUGAGAGCGCUUGCAUGCUUGCAUGCAGGUUUCAGUUUCUCUCCUGGCUUCUCCAAGAUAGGGCUGAGGGAGACUUCUGCCUGCAACCUUGGAGAAGCAGCUGCCAGUCUGUGUAGACAAUACUGAGCUAGAUGGACUGACUGGGUAGAAGGCACUGGAGGCUUCCUAUGUCUUAAUGGCCUAGACCUCCCAGCUUGUAAUGUAGCUAGUUUUCAUUCCAAGCCUUAAUGUAGUAUCUAUCUAUCUAUCUUCUAUAUUAUUAUUUCUCCAAGACGGGCCAUGCGUGGCUUCUAGGAAGGAGGCGAUUGGCUGUUUUCCAAGACGGGCCAUGCCUGUGGUGGGAAGGAGGUGAUUGGCUGAGUUUGCAAGCAGAAGCACCUGAUUGGGCAGUGGGGAUUCCAUAUGCAGAGAGGGAAAAGGAGCCUGUGAGAGCAGAAGCACCAUGGUGAUUGGGCAGUGGGGAUUCCCUAUGCAGAUAAGGAGGAGGGGCCUGUGAUGGUUAAGGUCAGUUGGAAUGCAGCUGUUACUGGUUGGAAGAUGUUCCUUGUUCCGCUUGACUGGUUAACUUGCUCAUGGGUUAAGCCCUAAACAGACUUAAAUGUUAUAUCACAGUUUAUUUUGUUUAAAUGCAGUUUGAAAUAUGUAGCUGUUCAUUUUGUUGUGUUUUUAAAAUGAUAUUUAAAAUGUGAACUUCCCUGUUUUCCAUCAAAAAUGUUUGUUUAAAUGUUAACUGUGACUGAUGCUAAUUUCAGGGGAGCUGUGGGUGUGUAUAUGUGUGUAUGUUUCUAUGGGUGCCCAGAGAUGCUUCUGUGAAGAUUCUGUUCCUGAGAAUUUUAUUUCUGUUCAGUUCUGUUUCUAUUAGGCUUUGUGUGAAAUUCCACAUUUUGUUAAAAUGCAGAGGGUAUUCUGCCUUUCUGCCUAUUUGUUUUGCUGAUGGGUGUGUUUUUUUGUCAUAUAUGUGAGAGUGUCUUGGUGAGAGGCUAGGUUGUAUAUAUAUGCUGAAGAAAGGGCGAGUUCUGUCCACUCCAUUUUCCCAAAUGUCUGAUUGUGUGUGUCCUUGCCAUUCAGAUGCAAUUGUUUUUGCCAAAUGUGAUUUUAUACUGAAGUAUUGGCUUAUGGUGAUUUCCUUAUUACAAACUUGUAAUACUUUCUUGAGCUAAAGAGAGCUUGGAGAAAAGCUUUGUAUUAAUGUAUACUUUUAAUUUUCUUUAUAUUUUCUGUAUGGCCUAUGGCUGUAAUGAAAUUGCUUGACUGAAAAGAGGGGGCUCUUAGAUUCCUCUAACUCUGUUUUAGUUGUUUUUGUAUAGACUGUACAUGGAAAAGUGUUUCCAACAUGGAGUUGGACAAAUGCUAAAUUAUGACUGGAGUGUAGUCUCCCCACUCCAAAUAUUGAGUGAAAAGGAAGAUCUCUGAACAGCAACUUGUCAUUGUGGGUAAGAAGGAAAAGAGAUUUUAAGUCAGAUAGUCAAAUGCAGUUAUUGUUUUAUAUUUUUGUAAUAUGUAUGAAAUGUUUCUGCUAAUUGAUUUUGCUGUAAACUAUUAUCAAUGGGUCUGAGGCUUAAAAUUUAUAAAUUUGUCCCACCGCCAACCCUGCUUUGCUUUCACAGGGAACUUUAGGACUCCAGAUUAUUUAUACCAAGUAGCAGAGAGUUCAAAAGGACCGGUUUGCAUUUUACCUGGAAAACCUCCCAGCUUUAAAAGGGAUCAAGUUUUUGUAACCCACACCCUGUUUUCACAGCUCCUGAUUAGAGAUUUGAUAAUAAAUUGUGUUUAUCACAGGCUUCACUUUUCUGCAAGACUAUGGACAAUGCAUUUUUUUUUAAUUAAAGAAGCCUGUUUGUUUCAUGAGACUUUAGACCUCGCAAAAGAGAUUUUAAAGGUAUAGUAUUUUUGUUUGGGGCAAGGACUACUUCUUUUAUAGGUUUUUAUGAGGAUAUUGUUGCCCUACCAAGCUUGCUAGUGAUGAGGCUGAAGACGGAGAGCUGGAACACUACCUACACAUGGCUUAGAUGGGGGCAGUGAAAAUCCCAAAGGCCAGAUGUCACUGAAGAAUCAUGAAGUCAGAUACACUGGAUGGAGAUUGAUUGCCCUGACAGAAGUCUGUAAGUAUGUAGGCAGCCAACGUAGUGGUUAGAGUGCUGGACUAGGGCCAGGGAGACCUGAGUCUGAAUCCUCAUUCGACCACACUGCUGGGUGACACUGGGCCAGCUAUUUAAACGGCCUGGCCUGCUUUGAAGGAUUGUUGUGAAAAGAAAAAAAACUUAUGUAGUACACGCUCUGGACUUUUCGGGAGAACAGCUGGAUAUUCGAGCACUGGAGUUUAUGUUGUGGCCUCUCGAGUGAUAAGACUGUUUGACCUGUCAGAUUUUAAUGCCUUUAUAGUCACAAACCCACAAGGGGGUAUGGAUGUGAACAUUAUUAUUUUCUCUUUUUGAUUUUCAUUGUUUUUGCCUCCUGCUCAGGAUUGCUCAUCAGGUGAAGUAAAUGAGGACAUUAUCUUCUGUUUUGGACUUCGGGGGGAGAAAAGAGGGCAAGCAGGAAAACAAAAACAUAAAUUGAAAAGAAAAUGCCAAAAGAUCAAAUUGAAAAUAGCCUCAGGUUUAUUUAUUGUAUUGGGCUACUCAUGAACUCAGUUUCAGCAUGUUGUCCCUACCCAGGGGAGGGAAAUUGGUAAUACAUGCAUCUGUCUUUUAUUUCUAGCAUAAGCAGGAUUGCCUUGAACUGUCUCUCCCGAGAGGGAUGUCUUUCUGUUACAGACCAAAGCAGUGGUCAAGUGAGAGAGAGAGGAGCUUUCAGAAGAAACGGCAGUGUGACAGACCGGGCUAACUAUCAUCAGCAACAGCUGCUUCCUGAGGGGGGUUCACCAUUUGCAUUCCCAGUCCAGGCCAAUGAUGACGGAACAUCCAUCAGCUGCCCUGUCUUGUGUUCGAGGAAAAGGCCGUGAUGCAGGUUUCUUGUUCCUGAUCCUCCUGCAUCCCAGAGUGCUAUAGUUAAAGAUUUGAUGCCAAAUAUCUGAAGAAGGCCUGAAGGCUAACAGGCCAGCCAGAUAUUAUACGACAUUAUUCCACAUUGCCCAUGGGGGGGGGGCAAGGCUCUCAAGCACAUGGACAUCUGAGCUUGUCUAUGAACACUAGCCAAACAAGCCGUGCUUGCCUAGCCAAAACUAACACUGAGCUCCGCACAGCAGUGUACCAAAAUCGGCUAGCACUUGACUAUCUGCUAGCAAUGGAGGGUGGUGUGUGUGGAAAAUUCAACCUGUCUAAUUGUUGUAUCCAGAUCAAUGACCAAGGGAAGGCCAUAGAGGAAAUCACUGAUCGGAUGCGCAAAAUAGCUCAUGUUCCAGUCCAGAACUGGGAAGGCCUAGCCACCCCCGAUUGGUUUGAAAAUUGGUUUGAGUACUUUGGAGGUUUGAAAACCAUGGCGGGAGGAGUUCUGAUAUUGCUUUUUGGUUGUUUAUUGAUGCUUUGUUUAUUACCCCUGUUUAUCUCUUUGGGACGAGAGGCCGUUGAGAGAAUAGUAAGAAAAGAAACUGCCCCCCAUAUAAUGGCUAUGGAUACAAGGUUCCACAAGAAGAGAAGCCAUAAAAAGGCUUCUAAGGGGGGAGAUGUGGAAUGGAAAAUGCCUUUUCAGAAAGCUGCUUUGUCAUUGCUUUGUAGAAAGUGUGUUUGCAAGUCAGUGCCUCUGUGGGAUGGGAAAGUACAGACCAAAAGGUAGUGUUAAGUCAGCUAUCUGCCCAGAGCAGAAUAAGUGGGGGUUUGCAGCAGCGGGGAGAGACAGGCUCCCCUGAAUAGUAACUGUAUUGUUCUAGGAAUGUGAAGGCUUCUUCUAUUAAUUAAUUAUCUCUCUGCUGUGAAAUAGAAACUUAGAGCGCAAAGUCCAGCCUCUAUGCAAGCAUAUGUACGAAUGUAAUGAACUGAUUGGUUCUUUGGGGCUGAAUGUUGACGCCUAAUUGUGUAGUAAUGCCAAAUUAUAAAAACUUGUGACCCAGGCAGCUGGGCAUGUCUCUCAGGUUUUACCGUGAGGUACUGGGAGCGUCACCAGCGCUGGUUUUCAAUAAACGGUGAUUUUGCUUCCUUCAA